UCGAUGGUUAACCCAGAGCAGAUCAUUUGCGUUCCCACGAUGUUUUGAAGAUAUUAAUCAGGAUUUUAUCGUUUUUUAAAUAUUUUUAUCUAGCUUAAAACAGUAUUUAUUUAUUGAAACGAAGUGCAGGACGCUUAAACGUUAAUCAUGUCGAGUCGCAUUGCUUUCCAGACUCAGUUAGCUUCCAUUAUGGAGGUGCUGGCCAAUGCAGCUGUGGCUGAGAUAUGCAAACUCGUUGACGACGACUACGCUGUUAUUAACUUACAGAUGAGCCAAUGUCAGCGCGAAAACAAAGCGCUGAAAAGAAAACUUCAUAUACUGGAGCUGAAGAUGGCUCGGGGGUUUGCAGAGAGAAGGAUCAGUUCGCUGAAUCGCGCUAACCGGGUUCAAGUGAGCACCGCUUUGUCAGACAAAUACCGGAACCAAAGCAACGACGGCCUGUAUGGAAAUCAGUUUAACACAGGACUUUGGAGAGGUGGAAGGACAGACUCAACUCCUCAGGAGGCUGUCAAUGAAAGUAGCAGUGUGGCAGGAGAUGCAGUUUUGCCAGAAGCAGAAACUUUACUGAUAAAAGAUGAGAUGUUUGAGGACCACCAAACACAACAAAGACUGUUCAUCAGAGAUGAUGGAGUAACAGAGACUUCACAAACUGGAGAGCCAGGUUUUGGUGAUGUUCAGAAAGAUGAUGAUCAGAUCUCAGGGAUGCAGCACACGAAUUUGGAGCAAGGAAAGGUGGAAUAUGGAGAUCCUGAAACAAUAGUGAUAAAGGAGGAUCUAAACGACCAAUGGGAAAUAAGCCAGACACAAACUAUAACUGUGCAAGAUGUGGAGUCUAAUAAAGACAUUUGUAGCCAGAGACUUUCUACCUCACCAACCAAACCCACGGUUGCACCUGGAACAGAGAAGCCUAUAGAGGUGGAAUUUUCCCAUUUCAGCAAAUGUGGACAGAAUAGUUGGAGCCAGAAGUCCGACACGUCUUCAUCCGCUGGACUUCAGAUGAAUCUACAAGGUACUGCCGAGUCCAGUCCAAGCAGUUCUCAACAACACCGGUUCCAAAAUUUUGCUGCUAGACCUAACAAAAGUCUUACAACAAUAAAAAUCACAGCUGUCUCAGGCUCGGAGCAGGUACACAAGGGAAUUGGCAAAAGCAGGAAUUCACCCACAAACCAGCCUUCACUCACUGGAGAUAAGACAGCUAUUGAAACAGCAGACUGCUUGCUGAUUGACAAACCUGCAGAGCAUAAAACCAGCUUUACACAUUGGCCCACACAGCCAUCCCAUUCAUAUUCAGACUCAAACCAGGAUGAAGAUUGUGUGCUGGUUCAGUCAGAGACUGUUACAUCCAUUAGAAACUCCAAAGGAGGACAGGAUGGAUCAUCAUUCACACAAACGCAUUCCAUUAGAAAUGCAGCAGAAGGACCUCUCAGAGAAGAGGAAAGGUGGAAUCAAGCCGGCAUUUUGAGGCAAAGCCAAACUGAAGUGUCAGGCCACAUUGGUAGACCUGAAGCUAUUCAAAAAGACACUCCAAAUAGAUCAAGCACCUCAUAUUUCACUGUGAUUCCUCAAACGUUGUCUAACUUAACUCAACCUGAGGCUUCUCUUGCCGGACUCCAGCUACCAAAGCGAAUGGAGAAAGGUAGACGGAGAAGUUAUGUAUGUAAGUUCUGUGGAAAGGCGUUCCCUGGACUGUCCAAUGUUGUGGCCCACCAGAGAGUGCAUACAGGGGAGAGGCCUUUUAGGUGUGAUAUAUGUGGAAAGUUGUUUGCAGAGGCAGGCAAUCUAAAGAAACACCAAAGAGUUCAUACAGGAGAGAAACCAUUCACUUGUCCCCGAUGUGGGAAACAAUUCGCCUGGAUCUGCAACUUAAAGACACACCAGCAGUCGGCUUCCUGUGGAGCAGUCUGAUAUAAUUUUAUACAUCUGAUGACAUCUGAAGGGCUUCCAACUUAUGCCGCCUUAUAAAUCCAGUGGUCUUCACACAAUGUCAGAGAAAUCAUUGUGAUGUUGGAACUAAUAAUGUUGUAGUAGCUGAAACUCUACUAUAGUUAAAGCAAAUUAGCUACAGUACAUAUAGCUAAAAUGCUGACGAAAAGGUGUAUGAAUGGAAACACGUUGGAAGGGUUCCAUUUUCUUUAAUAUUAACAGGUCAUUGAGCUAAAAAGCCUUCUGUAAGUGAAAGAAUCAUAAAUCCCAAAGCGUUUUGCUCUGCAAUGUAAUUUAGACAACAAACACCCAUUAAAAAAAGUGCAUUUUGAAGCUGUUCAUUGUAUUUAACAAAACGUGUUUCUAUUAUGUAACUUGAUUUGAGUAUUUGAGGUGGAAGAUUGUGCAAGUUAUGUUGUAGAACAAAACGUUUAAGUAUUAUUAACCACAGACCUCCUUUUACUCUUAAAAGCAAUAAAGGAGAAUCUUGAAGGAAA